AUGACUCUACCGCCUGAGAGCGACGUCGCUCUCUUGGGUCGACUACUGAACGGUUCGUUGGUGAACGCGGAUAACACAUCCCUCCUGCGCACCCUGCUUGAGUCUCUGAACGACACUGCUUCACGUCCGCGCGCUCCGGUCAUUGAAGUGCACAGCCAGCGGCAGUGGGUGCUGCCCUGGUGGACGCAACUGGUGUACGCCUGCCUUUUCGGAUUCAUGGUAGCCACGGCAGUGCUGGGCAAUGCCACUGUGGUCUGGAUUGUGCUCGCUCACCGGACAAUGCGCACCGUUACCAACUACUUCCUGCUCAACCUGUCGUUAGCUGACGCCCUCUCGGCCACGUUCAACGCCAUCUUCAACCUAGUUUACAUGCUGGAGAGCCACUGGGCCUUCGGCGAAGCUUACUGCGUCUUCAACAACUUCAUCGCCAACUUGACCGUGGCCUCAUCGGCAUUUACGAUGGCAGCCAUGAGCAUUGACAGGUGA